AUGACAAACGCCUUACAGAUGGUCGUUGUUAUGGGAUCGCUAUACGAUACCUACGUAACAAGCAAUGAUUCUGUCACUGUGUUAUGUUUUGGAGAAAGCAUUCAUAAGGCCCGUGGUAUGUUGCAACUAACCCCAUUGCCCUUGUCAGUUCAGAUGGUUAUGUCUCCACCUGCUUCAACAAAGAGUCCCUAUCAUAUGAUGUUAUUGCGGCAGUCUCGAUCUCAGGAUUACUUGAUCAUGAUUGGAUUGAAUGACUGUGAACAAGUUCCAUCAGACUGGUUUACUUAUGUUCGAAACUUUGACCCCAACAUAGAAUACCAUUUGUUGCGUUUAAAGUGGAGUAACGUUUCAACAGAAGUGGACAGAUAUAAGCAUGUUAACUUUAGCAAGGCAGAGUUUGAUUACAAGAAACUGAAAAUGGUUACACACAUAACACCCGCAAUAUCAACGUCAAGCCCAAAUAUCACCAACUAUCCUGCGUCUUCCGUGGUCAGUGGAACAAUGACAACUGGAACAGACAUUCUAGCUCCAACCUCUGUUGGACACUUUUCGAAGACGUCAUAUGCCCCUGGCUCAUCCACUUUGUAUAGACCAUAUACAUAUGUAGUGGGUAUGUGUACGUACAGUUGUGACGCAGCUGUUGUACCCGUCAACACUAGUGACCCAAUUCAAAAACAAAUGUUAGAAAGACAGGUAAAAGAGCUGAAGAAAUUGCUGACUGUGAAUAAAACGGGACUUUCUUCGACUAGACGACGAAAGGAGAGUGCAAUUGACCUUCGCAUAUCAGCUAAAGCUUUCGGGUUUGUCGGUACUGUCAUGCUUUGCACGUGCAUUAUGAUAAUCAUUUCUGCUGACAUACCAAGAUUGUCUCGGGCCAUCCUCCAUUUCAAGGCGCAAAUCGUGGUCUGCUGGCUUUUUCUCCUUCACAUAUGCACUGCUAGCCAGGACAGGUUAGCCUUUACACGUGAGAACCAUGAACGAUCAGGAUCAGGAAGUCAGUGCCUCGCAUGUCCGAUACUCUACAAUUCCCAGUCUACACAUAACCAUCAUAACCACCACAAUCAUGCCAACAACGACUGGUAUAUGUGUAUCCAUAUAGAAUACUCUCCAUAUCACUGUGAUUACCUGGAGCCUGAAUGCGUUCCAUUUUUAGGAGAAACAUAUAUAAUCUUCGGUCAAACUUAUAUGAGGGUGCGUUACAAACACACAAAGAAAAUGUGGGUUUUGGCGGAUAGUGUACGAUGCGAAAAUAAUUGUUGUAACGGUGAGUGCCGUAUUUUAGGCAUAAAUUCUUUCUCUUCACCGACUGUGCAGUUACCAACAACAACGCCCGUGGUAACCACCACACCACCAGAAAAACUACAGGUGCGUCUCGUCAACGGUCCAAGUGCCUUAGAAGGUCGCCUGGAAGUUUACCAUGACGGUAGAUGGGGAACUGUGUGUGACGAUAAUUGGGAUGAUGAUGACGCUAGAGUGGUCUGUGGUAUGCUAGGAUACUCCAGUUUGCAUGCAACCCACACGUCCAAGGCUAGGUAUGGUAGUGGUCAGGGACCUAUCUGGCUGGACGAGACCCAGUGUAGUGGACAGGAGACUAACCUCGGUCAGUGUACCUCUGAGCCUUAUGGCCACGGUGACUGUGACCACACGGAGGACGCUGGAGUUAUAUGUCAAGCUUUGCCCACGACAACCUCAACGACAACAGCAGCAUCUACAGUAGUUCCUCGAGCAUCUUUGAAGGUCCGCCUGGUAAACGGGCCGAAUGCCCGUGAAGGACGGGUGGAGGUCAAAUACAAUGGCGUUUGGGGGACUGUGUGCGACGAUAAUUGGGACGAUGAUGAUGCGAAAGUUGUCUGUGGCAUGCUUGGUUACAGUUCUCACUACGCAACCCACACGUCCAAGGCUAGGUAUGGUAGUGGUCAGGGACCUAUCUGGCUGGACGAGACCCAGUGUAGUGGACAAGAGACUAAUCUCGGUCAGUGUAACUCUGUGCCUUAUGGUCAUGGUGACUGUGACCAUACAGAGGACGCUGGAGUUAUUUGUCAAGAUAUAACGUCAUCGACAUCAGUAGCAGCAACAACCACAUUAACAUCAACACCAUCAACCACCAAAACGUCGACAACAUCGUCGACGACGAUGACUUCUACAAUGAAGUCAACGACAAAAAGUGGACACCACUGGUUGGCUUUAGGUAGUGGUACAGUUUGUGUGAGGCGUGCACUAGCGGACAAGCAGGUUCCUGCUGGAAUUAUGCCGUCGUACGUUGACACAUAA